AUGACCACGCGGUAUUCUUUGGACGGUCUUGAGACUCGAAUAAAGGAACAUAGUGAGUUCCUUGACAGCAUUACAAGUCUGAUACCUCCUAAACAUUAUUUUAAAAAUGAACCUAGCGGCGAGUUUGAUAUUGAGGGUAGCGCACAGAAAUACCAGCCAAAUAAACGGAAACGACUCGAGAAACAAGUUCUCAAUGAACAGAGAAAACGUGCAAAAAAGUUAAAACUUGAUCCGAAUAAUUUAAAAACUGUACUCGAAAUUCAACAAGAAAAACUGGAAAAGAUGAAACUAAAAGAGAAUGAAGACGCGGAAAUAGAUGAGGAUGAGGAUGAAGUUCAAAGCGAUGAUGAUUCUGAAAAUGAAAAAGAUGUGAAUUUGAAAGAUGAAUCGCCGUCAGUGCCUUCAGAUAGUAAGUUAACAAUAGCUCCAUCAAGAAACAUUGUGGAUCGCCUUGCGCAACUUCGCCGCGCUUCCAGUAUUCCCACUGAAUCCAUUAAUGAUGAGAAACAACUCUCGAAAAGAAAAGCUCAUACUGCAUCAAAUAAAUCUGAACCUGGUAGUGAGAAAGCAGAUCAUGAUAAGAAUAGUAAUCAUGAGAAUGGUAAUCAGGGGGAGAAAAAAAUUUUUUUCAGUAAAUUUGAAUUUGAUGAGCAAAAAAAGAAGAAAAAGGGUAAGAAAGAUGAAAAGAAACUCGUAGAAGAGCUGGAAACUCAUAAAAAAGAAAUUGAAAAAUUGAAACAGGAAGAUCCAAAAAAGGCCGAAAAAUUGAUCGAGACUAAAUCCUGGCAAAAAGUGUUACAAAAAGCUCGCGGUGAAAAAAUCAAGGACGAUCCCAAACUAUUAAAGAAAUCGAUCAAACGCACUCAAACAAUUAAAAAGAAAAGUGAAAAAGCUUGGAAGGAACGAAUUAAAAUAGUUGAAAAGAGUAAAUUCGAUAGACAAAAAAAGCGUGCAGAGAAUAUUCAAGCGCGUUUGGAUGCAAGCAAGAAAAAAAAGAAAUCCAGAAAGUGA